AUGGUGGCAACAACGACAGAACAACUCACAUCACUAGCAGGGACGACCGUCAUUGUUCACCCGCUCGUGCUCCUCUCAGUGACGGACCACCAUGCGCGGUCGAUCUCGCGGAGUUCACAGAAGAGGGUCAUUGGUGUGCUGCUGGGGCAGGACUACGGCAAGACGAUAAACGUGGCGAACUCGUUUGGUAUCCCGUUCGAGGAGGAUGAGAAGGAUAGCAAGACGUGGUUCUUGGACCACAAUUAUAUCGAGGGGAUGUACGAGAUGUUCAAGAAGGUUAACGCCCGAGAACGCAUGAUUGGAUGGUACCAUACAGGACCGAAACUACGAGCCUCAGAUCAGGAGAUUAAUGAUCUGUUCAAGAGGUUUAUUGCUCGACCAGUGAUGGUUAUCGUCGAUGUACGACCAGGGGCGGUCGGCAUGCCCACAGACUCUUACUUUGCCGUGGAGGAGAUCAAAGAUGACGGCACAGAAACACGGAAAACAUUCCUACACGUCCCAUCCGCAAUCGAGGCAGAAGAGGCCGAGGAAAUCGGCGUCGAGCACCUCCUACGCGAUAUCAAAGACUCAACAACCACCACCCUCGCGACACGCGUAAGCGAGCAGCUCGCCUCCCUGCGCGGCCUCGAAUCCCGUCUGUCCGACAUCCAAAAGUACCUCGUGGAGGUCGCCAACGGCACGAUGCCGGUCAACCACCAGAUCGUGUACCACCUCCAGGACGCUCUGAACCUGCUGCCGGACCUGUCGGACCCUGUGGCGACACGGAGCUUCGCCUCGAGCACGAACGAUCAGAUGCUGGUGGUAUAUCUGAGCAGCCUGCUCCGUGCGGUGAUUGCCCUCCACGCGCUCGUGGAUAACAAGGCGACGAUUGGGCGUGCAGAGGCCGAGGAGAGCGAGAAGAAGGAUAAGGAUAAGGACGCGAAGGAUAAGGAUAAGGAGAAGGCCGAGGGCAAGGAGGGCAAGGAGGGUAAGAAAGAGGGCGAUGCUGAGCCGAGUUCUGGGAAGACGGAGGGCAAGAAGGCCGAUAAAUAG